CAACCUUGAUUGUAGUUUCUUGAGUGCUGAAUGCUGGAACGUAAGUAAAAGGACAGAAGGACAAACGUUCCAAUAUGAGGGACCCACUGGCAGAUUGCUCGUAUAAUAAGGUGUACAAGAACCUAAAGGAGUUUUCUCAAAAUGGAGAGAAUUUCUGCAAGCAGGUCACAUCCAUUCUUCAGCAAAGGGCAAACUUGGAGAUUAGCUAUGCCAAAGGACUUCAGAAACUGGCAGUCAAGUUCAGCAAAGUAUUACAGAGCACACAAAAAAACUGUCUCGUCAGUGCCUGGGCCUGGGUCUCAGAGGGCAUGAAGUCAGCGGCGGACCUACAUCAAAAACUUGGCAAAGCAAUUGAGUUGGAAGCAAUAAAACCAACUCAUCAAGUCCUGAGUGUACAUGAAAAGAAGAGAAAAUCACUUGAUAACGAAGUUGAAAACGCAGCGAAUCUUGUCAUUGGCAAUUGGAAUCAACAAAUCAAGGCCAAAAAAAAAUUAAUGGUUAGUACCAAGAAGCAUGAGGCACUCUCCCAUCUUGUAGAAAGCUCCAAGCAAACUGUGACUAAGAAGGAGAAGCAGAAGCUCCUCAGCAAACUGAAAAAAUCGACAGAGAAAUUGGCAAAAGAAGAUGAAAGCUACUACCAAAAAAACCUAGCUGGCUGUGCUGCCAGACUGAAGUGGGAAAAUACCCUGGAAAACUGCUACCAGAGCAUCCUGGAGCUGGAGAAGGAAAGAAUUAAACUUUUGUACAAUAACUUAAACCAGUACACUCAACAUAUUUCUGUUUUUGGCCAAACCCUGACCACAUGCCACACGCAGAUUCACUGUGCCAUCAGCAAGAUAGAUGUUGAAAAAGAUAUCCAGGCUCUCAUGGAAGAAACUGCAGUUUCGUCCACAGAAAAUAAAUCUGAGUUCCUAUUAACAGAUUACUUUGAAGAAGAUCGCAACAAUGCAAUGAAUAAAGAGCGACAAGAGUCUUCACUGAAAUCAAAACUGUUGAGACUGCAAAAAGAUAUCGAAAAAGCCUUAAGAGACCGGGAAGGCCUGGAACGGAUGCUGAAAUCCUACUCCAAGGACUCCACCUUCCCAGAUGCAGAGAGCCAAAAAAUCACAGCAGCCUUGAUGGACGAGACCAAUUUGAAACUAGAUCUUUUGCAAGCAAACUCCUACAAACUGGCAUCGGUGUUAGCAGAACUUGAGCAAAGACCUCAGCCCAGCCAUCCCUGUAGUAACUCCAUCUUCAGGUGGAAAGAAAAGCAACAGACACAUAGUUAUGUAAAAAUAUCCCGGCCUUUUCUGAUGAAGAGAUUAGAGAACGUUGUGAGCAAAAUAUCUUUUGGGGGGCAGAGACUCCCAAGUUCUUCAUCGACAGCCUCCGGUGUGGUCCAGAUUGGCAGUGGUCUUUGCAAGGCUUUAUAUUCUUUUCAAGCCAGACAAGAUGAUGAAUUAAACUUGGAGAAAGGCGACAUUGUGACUAUAUACAGGAAGCAAGAAGAAGGAUGGUGGUUUGGAUCUGUGAACGGAAAAAGGGGCCAUUUUCCUGCUGCUUACGUGGAGGAGCUCCCUUGGGAUGCCGGGAGCCCGGCCACCCAGGCCUGAGACAAUAUCCGACCAUACCGCCUCCCUCAGUAACCCGUACAGCGCACUGAAAAUAAAGAUAAAUGCUGUCACCUUUACAAUA